GACUUAAACACCACAUCUAUCCAUAGCUACCAGCUAAAGGGAAAUAUCAUAAUGUUGAUGAUUUGAAAAAAAACAUAUCAUAAUUUACUUAAGUCUCGUAGCUCCCUGUAAACUUAUGUGUGUUACUAGGAUUUGAAAAAAACCACAUCUUUUUUUCCAAUUUCAAUGGUCCUUUUCAAAGUUUAACUUAACAUAUUUCUCUCGCCCACUCAUCUGCAAGUUGUUAAAGGCAUGGCAAAAAUGGGAGAAAUGGCUGUGCUUUGUGCGUUUGAGACUGUGUAAACUUGUACCAAAUCGAAGAAGAAAGAUUAGCUCUGUGAGGUUUUGCAAUGCCAGUUCCUCUUGCACCUUAUCCAACAACUCCAGCCCCAUAUGCUCCUCCUGCUCCAGCUCCAGCUCCUCCUCCUCCUCCUCCUCCUCCUCUUCCUCCAGCCAACGGUGCACAGAGCCAGCUUGUGUGUUCUGGAUGUCGAAACCUGUUACUUUAUCCUGUUGGAGCAACCUCUGUAUGUUGUGCUGUUUGCAAUGCAGUCACAGCUGUGCCACCUCCUGGCACAGAAAUGGCCCAGUUGGUUUGCGGAGGUUGCCACACCUUACUGAUGUACAUCCGUGGAGCAACGAGCGUGCAGUGUUCUUGUUGUCAUACAGUCAAUCUAGCCUUGGAGGCAAAUCAAGUGGCACACGUCAAUUGUGGGAGCUGCAGGAUGCUGUUGAUGUACCGAUAUGGAGCACGGUCUGUGAAAUGUGCUGUUUGCACUUUUGUCACACCAGUUGGGGUCUCAUCAAGCGUUAAUGAACGCAAGUUCAAUACCUGAAUUGUGACUCAGCUGAACUAAAGUUGACCGUUACAAACUCUACAAAUAUGUUUUUGCAUAUUACAAUAUCUCCCCCGACGAUAGCAUCUCCCGGUGAAGAAGAGGAAAUCCCCUCCAGUCACAUGUAUAGAGUUAUAUUUUUCUCUCCCUUUUGCGUGGCCUACUUUAUAUGCAAAAUAAGCUGUUUUAGCGGAUUGAACUAAUGUAUGUGAAACAAUAUUAUUCCAUGGAAAGACUUUUAGACUGUGGCCCUGAACGCAUUUGGAAAUCUUGGGAUAAGAUGAACUUCAUUUUCAUUUACUUGACAUAUGCGACUACAAGUAGCAUCAAAUGCACCGGAAAGAUUCAUUU